UCUCAUGUUUUAAAUAAGCGCACAGACCUAAUCGCCGUCCGCGCCCUUCAUCGUGUGCUCCGACAGUCCGUGGUGAACUUCCUGGAGCGUCGCCGGCCCCUUCGACUACGGUCCUCCCGGCUGCGCCGUCAAGUCCAACGUCCUCUCCUUCUGGCGCCCGUUUCAUGGGUUUGGUGAUUUGAGAUUAGGGUUUAUGGAUGGGUUCUUGGUGGAAUUUAUUUAUAGUUCUUUAGGAGAGAAAAUGACAUCAAAAAGGGAAAGGGAAGCGGGUGAUAGAGUAGAGGAUGAAGGGCUUGAUAAUGAGUCGAAAAGGCAGAGGCUGGAUGAGGAUUCUUCCCCCUCUCCUCCUCCUGUCUCCGUUGCAAAUCCUCUUUCUGGGUUGGCCAAUAAUUAUGCUGACAUUGAUGAGGAGGAAGAUGAUGUUAGAAGGGAAAGGGGUUCUGUAAAUGAGAGGAGCAAUGAUGGGUCCCAUCAUAAUGGGCAUAAUAAAUAUGGAGAGGCUGAUGAUAGUGAUGAAGAAGAUGACGAUUCACACGAACAAUUUACUGGAAGAAAUCGCCAGGUUGAGGUUCGGAAGGACUGUCCUUAUCUUGAUACUGUUAAUAGACAGGUUUUGGAUUUCGACUUUGAAAAAUUCUGUUCUGUCUCCCUGUCAAAUUUAAAUGUGUAUGCAUGUUUGGUUUGCGGGAAGUAUUACCAAGGGAGAGGGAAGAAGUCUCAUGCAUAUACACAUAGUCUGGAAGCAGGACACCACGUCUAUAUCAAUCUCCGCACUGAAAAAGUCUACUGUCUUCCUGAUGGUUAUGAAAUUAAUGAUCCUUCAUUAGAUGACAUUCGUCAUGUCUUAAAUCCAAGAUUCACUGCAAAAGAAGUUGAACAACUUGACAAAAAUAAGCAGUGGUCUAGGGCUCUUGAUGGUUCUAGUUACCUUCCCGGAAUGGUGGGACUUAAUAAUAUCAAGGAGACUGAUUUUGUGAAUGUAACAAUUCAAUCCCUAAUGAGAGUUACCCCCUUGAGAAAUUUUUUUCUUAUCCCUGAAAAUUAUCAACACUGCAAAUCUCCACUUGUUCAUCGAUUUGGUGAACUCACUAGGAAAAUCUGGCAUGCACGGAACUUUAAAGGACAGGUCAGUCCACACGAGUUUCUACAAGCUGUGAUGAAAGCCAGUAAAAAAAGGUUUCGGAUAGGUGCACAAUCUGACCCGGUAGAGUUCAUGUCAUGGCUACUUAAUACGCUACAUGCAGAUCUUAAGACUUCAAAGAAGAAUACAAGCAUAAUAUAUGAGUGUUUUCAGGGCGAACUUGAGGUUGUGAAAGAGAUUCCUAACAAAGUGAUCUCUGAUAAGAAAGAAAACAGUGAAAACCAAAACAAUGCUGAGAAACUUUCAGAUGGGGUGAAUGAGCGAUAUGCAUUUGUCAAAGAAACUUCAAAAAUGCCAUUUCUAAUGUUAGGAUUGGACUUGCCACCACCUCCUCUUUUCAAGGAUGUGAUGGAAAAAAAUAUAAUACCACAGGUUCCACUCUUUAACAUACUAAAGAAGUUUGAUGGUGAAACUGUCACGGAGGUGGUCCGUCCUCAUAUAGCAAGGAUGCAGUAUCGUGUUACCAGAUUGCCCAAGUAUAUGAUUCUACACAUGCGUCGGUUUACUAAGAAUAAUUUUUUUGUCGAAAAGAAUCCUACGUUAGUCAACUUUCCUGUGAAGAACCUGGAGUUGAAGGAUUACAUUCCCUUGCCAACACCAAAAGAAAAUGAGAAAUUGCGAACUAAAUAUGAUUUGAUUGCUAAUGUUGUUCAUGACGGCAAACCUGGUGAAGGAUUCUAUAGGGUAUUUGUGCAACGCAAAUCAGAAGAACUAUGGUACGAGAUGCAGGAUUUGCACGUCUCUGAAACACUUCCUCAUUUGGUUGCACUUUCAGAAACUUAUAUGCAGAUUUAUGAACAGCAGCAGUAAAAGGCCGAGUUUGAAUCCUUCUCUGUGCAUCGUAACCUGAAGCACGUAGUAUGCAGAAAGGUUGAGAGUAUGAGAGGUUUCAUGCGAUCAUAUAUCAAAUUGAUCAACAGGCUGCAAUUGAGUUAGGAUGCUUGGGGUUAAAACAAAAAAUUAAUCCGUGCUUCUGAUUGUUGAAGCUGUCUAAACAUGAAAGAUGAAUAACUUCUUUGGUGUUCAACUUUGACUGGUUUAACCCCAUAAUACACAGAUGUACUGCAUGGCACCGAGGGACCCAGUUGGAUUUUUCUUGUACUUAGCUGAUAGUAAGUUUACUAGUAAUACAUGGAAUGUGAUUUAUCUAUCCUUUAAGCGUAUUCCAGAUUUUGGUUGCGUUGAACAUUUUUCAUUCCCCUUCAGGAGGCGGUUUAGAAGAUGCUGAUGGUAUUGUUUGGUCGAUGAACCUUCAAGGUGCCUGCCUGAUGCAUAUUGCGUUUCUAUUAACAGUGAUUGGGUAAAAUAUAUAAAUUUUGUUGGCACACUAGUGUAAAUCUACAAAGAGAUUGAUGUUAUUAUGCUAGUGGAUUAUAGCUGGGUAUGCAUAGGCUCUGUGAUUAGUCGGAUAUUGUUAGUUGUUUCAUUCAGGAUCAUAAUUUUCCUACACCAUAUAUUUAUGAAGAGUUUAAUUUCUAUGUA